UAAGUGGGAUGAGUGAGUAAUCAAAAUGAGUAUGAUGCUCAUAAUACUUGUUAAAUACUGUAAAGUGUAAACCAAACAAACAGUCUCGCAGACAUCAUCACCGUCGUCGUCAACCUCUUCGCUCUCUUUCCUCAAAUCAACCACCGUUUCACGUCAUGCUGCCACUCUCCCUUCUCAAAACUGCUCAAGGGCACCCCAUGUUGGUUGAACUCAAAAAUGGAGAGACUUAUAACGGCCAUUUGGUUAAUUGUGAUACAUGGAUGAACAUUCAUCUCCGAGAAGUCAUUUGUACCUCUAAAGACGGAGAUAGAUUUUGGCGUAUGCCUGAAUGCUACAUUCGGGGGAAUACCAUUAAGUACCUUCGAGUUCCUGAUGAGGUUAUUGACAAAGUCCAGGAAGAAACCAAGAGUCGCACGGAUCGCAAACCACCUGGUGUGGGACGCGGAAGGGGAAGAGGUAGGGAGGAUGGCGCUCCUGGACGUCAAGUAAAAGGAGCUGGACGUGGCUUUGAAGAAGGUGGUGCUAGGGGGCCUGGAGGAGGCCGAGGAAGGGGUGGCCCAGGUGGAAGGCCUGGUGGAAACAGAGGUGCAGGGCGAGGUAGAGGUUGAUUUGACCAAGUGAUGUGGAACUACAUCAAAUGGGCUAGUUGCUGUUUUUAGAGGCAUUAAUGCCCGUUCAGAAGAUUUAUCGAUGGACUUUAGGUUUCCAGUUUAUUUUUUUGUUUAUACAGUAACUAAAUGGUGAUAUCAUCAUCAUCAUAGUAUUUAUGAAACACCAUUUUACAGUUUGUUAUCUAUCUGCAUCCCUUUUCCUCGCCGGAAAGCAAUGCUGGUGGUACAUAAUAUUUUUGUUUAAUAUAUUUUGUCAGAAAUCAAAUCGUUAGUUGUAUGUUGGAUUAA